AUAAAAAGAAGACACGAUAUCAGUCUCGUAGCGCGAUUCGUUCGCCGAGACGACGGGAAUGCGGUAGAUAAUAUUAUAGCAGGGAGUGCGACUGCGGGCGAAACAAGUGGCAGCAGUUAUGACCAAGAUAAGACUGGAGUUGUUGGGGUGCGAGGCUCUUCCUCUGGAAGGGAUGUACCGAUCGCAACGGCACGACGUUUUAACGCCGCAGAGCAGCCCGGAGUCACGCAACGUUCGUCAGGAGCAACGAAACGGCGCGGAUCGUCUCGAUAGUGUCGGUUCCACGAUAUCGCACGGCGGCAUGUAUCCCUUAGAUCAGCCUGCCAUUGAGCUAGAUCAUCUGCCGCUCCAUAUCCCGGCGAUCCUUCAUCCCACGAUACCAAAAUGCGGUGGAUGCCAGGAAGUUAUUUUGGACAAAUACGUUUUGAGGGUUCUCGAGAGAUGUUGGCACGCAAGAUGUCUCACGUGUCGGGAUUGUGGUGCUAGGUUGACCGACAAAUGUUUCGCGAGAAACGGCCACGUGUUCUGCAAAGAUGACUUCUUCAAGCGUUUCGGGACGAAAUGCGCGGGCUGCGGCCAAGGAUUGGCGCCUUCGCAGGUGGUCCGAAGGGCGCAGGAAUUGGUCUACCACCUGACGUGUUUCUCGUGCGCUCUUUGCUCCCGGCAACUGGACACCGGGGACGAGUUUUAUCUCAUGGAGGAUAGGAAACUCGUCUGCAAGCCCGAUUACGAGCAGGCCAAGGCGAAAGAACUGGCAGAUGGGGGAAGCAUAGACGGUGAUCAACCUAAUAAAAGGCCGCGAACAACGAUCACGGCGAAACAGCUCGAAACUCUCAAGCUGGCAUACAACACUAGUCCAAAACCAGCGAGGCACGUGCGAGAACAGCUGUCUCAGGACACAGGCCUCGAUAUGCGUGUCGUUCAAGUCUGGUUUCAGAACAGGAGGGCAAAGGAGAAGAGGCUGAAAAAAGAUGCCGGUAGAACAAGAUGGUCUCAAUACUUCCGUAGUAUGAAGGGCGGUGCUGGCGGUCAUUCGCCUAGACAUGAUAAGCUCCUUGAUAAAGACGAGCUCAAGGUAGACUUGGACUCCACCUUUGGUCAUCAUGACUUGAGCAACGACAGCUACGGAACGGUGGUCAACAUGGGCCUGGACGAGGGCGCAAGUCCAGGCGGCGGUGGAAACGGGGCCGGGGGUGGACCGCCCCGAGGAUAUCUGGGAGCGACGACACCCCCGUAUCUCUCAACGUCCAGAUCGCCGUCCUUACCGCCCCAGUUCCCGUACCCACCAGACGCUGGUCUCUCGGUGUAUACCACUCUCGGGGGACCGGGCGGCAUGGUGCCAGGACCAGCGUCUGAUCUGAGUAACGAGUCGAGCGGCGGUGGUGGUGGCGGAGGUGGCGGUAACAGCGGUGGCAAUAACAGCGGUGCCGGCGGUUAUCCCGAAUUUCCGCCGUCGCCGGAUUCCUGGCUUGGUGAGCCACCGCCCCCGCACGCACACCAUCAUUCCCAUUCCCAUUACGCCACAUAACCCGCCAAAAUCGCGCGUCGCCAAAUACCGUAUAGAAUAACGUGCUGUCGGCGCGGGGCGUACGUCUGAAAUCGGCGACGCCGUCGUCGUCCUCGAGGGAAGUCGAAGAGAGCUCUCAUCUUCUGCGAUAUGUCCUUAAACGAAAAAUGAGAGAUUUUGCAAAUUUCAAAAAUCUAAGAUUUGAAUAUAUUGGAUAAAAGUCUGAAUCUAUUUUAGUGUCCUUGAUGCAGGAUUUGUAUAUGAAAGAUCUAAAAGCGAAAACACAGUGAUUUCCAUUCUUUAUUAAAUGUAACUGAACUUUUUAGUAACAUCAUGUUUGACAUUUUUCAUAUAUUAGUUUUUUUUUUUUCAAAUAUUUUGCAUUG